AUGGCGACUCUGCAGACUGCAAUUCGUGGCGUUGCCGACUCAACGGCCGUCAUCAUCCCUUCGAAGCCAGACGCCCUAACCGUCACUUACAAGGACCUUGCGGCCGAGUGCGCUGCAUUCCAACGCAAGCUGGCAGCCAUUGGUAUUGGUCAUGGUUCUGCUGUGUCUAUUGCCGUAGUCAACUCGUAUGAGUUCAUCGUCUCUUUUGAGGCUACAGCUUGGCAACGCGCCAUCGCUGCCCCUCUGAACCCUGCCUAUAAGCAGGACGAGUUUGAAUUCUACAUUGACGAUGUCAAGUCUGCCAUCGUCCUGGUUCCCAAGGGUGCCUACCAGGCCAAUGCUCCGGCAGUGAAAGCGGCUAAGAAGUUCAAUGCUGCGAUUGCUGAAUGCUACUGGGAUGUGACGAAGAAGGAAGUCGCACUCGAUGUCAAAGAUCUCGGCCUGCUCAAGGGAAGAGCCAAGGAGAAUAUACUUCAAGCGCAUACUGACGAUGUUGCGCUGGUUCUACAUACGAGCGGAACCACAUCACGGCCCAAAGUUGUGCCCUUGACCCAUCGCAACCUUGUCCGUACCAUGGGAAACAUCCAGAGCACAUACAAUCUCACCUCGGCCGACCGGACUAUGCUUGUCAUGCCACUUUUCCAUGUUCACGGCCUCCUGUGCGCUCUGUUGGCUCCCUUCUACUCUGGAGGAUCGAUGAUUGUCCCCACGAAGUUCUCUGCCACCGACUUCUGGCAGGACUUUCAAACUCACAAGGCGAAUUGGUACACGGCAGUGCCUACAAUUCACCAGAUUCUUCUCAAAUCGCCUGUGCCCAGCCCACUGCCGGACAUUCGGUUCAUCCGCUCUUGUUCCUCGCCACUUUCCCCUGCCGUUUUCGAGAAGCUUGAGGAGACCUUCAAAGCUCCCGUUCUUGAGGCAUAUGCCAUGACUGAGGCAGCCCAUCAGAUGACCUCUAAUCCUCUUCCUCCCGCCAAGAGAAAGCCUGGUACUGUUGGUCUUGGCCAGGGUGUAGUUGUGAAAAUCCUCAACGACGCAGGCGAGGAGUUGCCUCAGGGAACUGAGGGCGAGAUCUGCAUACAGGGCGAGAACGUUACCAAGGGAUAUCUCAACAACCCCAAGGCCAACGCGGAAGCAUACACCCAAAACGGCUACUUCCGUACUGGCGACCAAGGCAAGAAGGAUGAGGAUGGUUACAUUAUCAUCACAGGGAGAAUCAAGGAAUUGAUCAACAAGGGAGGCGAGAAGAUCAGCCCCAUAGAGUUGGACAAUGUGCUGACAAGACACCCCGCCGUGAGCGAGGCUGUCAGUUUCGCCAUUCCCCAUGAGAUGUAUGGGCAGGACGUGGGAGUAGCCGUCGUGUUGAAGAGCGGCGAAAAGCUUGGCGCUGGCGAGCUCAAGCAGUGGAUGGCUGAGAGGGUGGCCAAGUUCAAGGUCCCCGCAAAGAUCUAUUUCUCUGAUGUUAUGCCCAAAACGGCUACUGGCAAGAUUCAGAGGCGCAUUGUUGCCGAGACGAUGAUGAAGCAAGACAAACCCAAGGCGAAGUUGUAG